AUGACGGAGAAUCGACGAGAAAUGAGCAGGUGCCGAAGAAGGCACAAAUGGAGACGGAGCGGCACGGAUUCGGUCGAAAUUGAGGAAGAGGAAGGUAAAAUUGGGUGUGGAGGCUUUUUUCGCGAAAAUUUAUCGCAAAAAUUUUCAAAAAUUGACCGUCCUGGUUGCAAAACGUCUAUCGGUUGCGAAGUGUCUCGAUUACGAAACGGAGAUCAGUUGCAAACCGGCCACCGAGUCCACAAGUUCAGGUGUUGGAUAUUCGGUUGUUUCGUGUGGCGGCUGGUUGCGAAACGUCUUUUGGAUCAAUCAGAACGAACAUUGAAAAGUGUUUGGUUGGAAAACGUCCAUUGAGUUGCCAACCGGUUGCGAAACGUCUCCGAGCAAAGAACAAAGUUUGCUUACUGGAAGUCUUGCGACGUUUCCUCUCGGCGACCUCCGCUCUUUGUUCGCGUCGGUUCCUUCUCUAUCGCAUAAUCAGAAAAUUAUCGGCACUUCCAAGAGAGCACGGAGCACAUGACUACAGUCGUUCCCCGAGAAUCAGCCGUUUUUUCGCCCAUUCUUGUGCCUUUCCUCUCUUCCUUCCUUCCUUUUUCAAUUAGACUAUAGUCGAUUCUCGUCUUCUUCUUCUCGCAGUCACUUACCGAAGGAUUACUGUAGCCGUCUCGCGGACACAAAGGAUCGUGCCAGACAUUGAAAACAACGAUAAUUGAGUCGGAAAAAAAGAGGGGGACUGUCUGGGAUGUCUGUUUUUGCGAUGGACGUAGAGGAGAAGCCUUGGAUCUUUCGGUUCUUGGUCCCCUCAUCAUUUGAACUCGGGCUUCGUGCAGUUUUGAGAUAAUGAUAAUGUAUACAUGUUUUUUACACUUGAAUAGAAGUCACGAGAACGGAUUAGUCGAUGCGUUUCUUUGUCCGAAAAGAGUUGCGAAGCGGAAAAGUUUGAGGUGGAAGAGCGAAAUGUCCUUCCUGAGCUUUCUGCGUGUUCAUAGAUAGUCAGAAAAUGUGUCUGUUUUCUCAAAUCCUUGGAAAAUGUGUAGUUGCGAACAGUCUAGUAGUGAUUUCGAAGUGUCCGACAGUUGCGAAACGUCCAUUGGCUGAAAAGCGCGCAGAGAAAAGUGGGACGCUGGUUGCAAAACGUCGGUCCGUUCCGGUCGUCAUUUUCCUGGUUUCUGAACAGGUUAGGCGGACCUAAACCGCUUCUAACCGGUUGCAAAACGUAGACGUGGUCGAUGGUUCCUCGCCGAACAUUUUCUGUUUCUUACACUUGGGGCGAUCGCACAAUCAAAACAAUUUUCGAUUGAUUCUACGGGGAAACGCUCCGAACUCUACGUGCUUUUUCUCUCAAAAUCCCAAAUUCCUACUUGCCCCCUCUCAUAAAAAAACAAGUGGGCGGAGUCGGAAGGUCACGAUACGAAUGGGACGGUGCCAGGCACACACGACCCACCACGACAAGCAGAUAAUUUAAUAAUAUAAGCGGCGGUCCUCCUUCGGGCACUGUCACAAAUACAGUGCGUCGAGGCGGAAAUAGUCGUCUGGCUCGCUUUUUUUUUCCGAGUUCUCCACAAAUUUUUUUUCCCAUUUUCAGACUAUUCGAAUCAACCUUCGUGCUCUUCUUCUUCGGCUCCCGCUUCGACGUCUUCAGAACCAGAAGCCCCUGAAAUCGUGAGCCCGACAAGGUCUAGGAUGGCCGGAUAUUAUCAAUCGACUGAAAUGUGAGUGAUUUGACGGGGAUAAUCUGUUUUUGAACAACUUCUUCUUCUUCUUCUCCCUCUCUUGCUCCUUCUCCUUGAUGAUGUACGGAUUAAUCUGAUGAAAAGCAGCUCUGCGGCGCCUCGUAUAUAAUUUGUUAUCCUUUUUGCCCUCUCUCUCCCCAUCUUCUUCGUCUUCAGUUUGCUCUUCUUCUUCGCCUUUCUCUCUCUCCCUCUCUGAAACACCGCAAAAAGUGUGAGAGUGACGGAAAUGGGGCGCGAGCCGUCGCCGACCGACCGACCGACCCCAACUCUUGAUGAAAACAAAUUCAAUUUUUCGUUCGAGCCCGAGUUUCACGCAGAUUUUCGGCCCUAAUCGAUCGACGGCUUCCGCGCAAGUUGAUAGUCGACGAUUUCAGCAAUCGUACGCUUUUCUCCUUUUUCUCCUAAUUCUAUAGAUUACUGUAGACGGUACUUAUGACGGCCGUAACACCUGAACACAUUUAUUUCAUCAACGACUCUCGACGACGCACGAAACAGUUUUAGAAAAUACUGUAGAAUACGUUUGGCUACUCGCAAAGUUCAACCUUUUGUCAUGCAUCAAUCCCAAAGGUGUCGUUCCAAUAUUCCACUAAUCUCUCUCUCUCUCUCUCCCUGGAGAGAGGUGCUCUUUUCUAUUCAUUAAAAGUGCUUCUUCUUCUCCUUCUUUGCCUUCUUCUUUUUUGCCCAUCAGCUCGAGAUGAGCCGCCGCACACCUUGGUGGGCACGGCAAAAGAGACGGCGAGGCGCCAAGACGCUCUCGCCAGCUCUUCCCUUCCCUUUUUUCUCUUUUCGAGCUCUUCCUCCCCCAGCUGCGUGCGCUUCCUUUUUUCAGCUUUUCUCCUAUUUACUCUUCAUUCACACCAGAUAUUGCAGCAUUGGACCCGACGCGAUGCUCCUCACCGAGCAUCCGCCACCGAGAAACGGACGUACGAGACGUAGAUCCGAUGGAGCUCCGAUGCCGACCUUUGCCUUCUUUGCCCUCUUCCUAUGCGCCAUUUUGCAGGUAACUUUCCACAUUUAUUUUUACUAUCGCCGCAUUUCAAAGUGAAUGCGCUCGCCAGCCCCGAUAGUAGUAGAGAGUUUGUGGAAUUUUAUUCGAUUUGGCGAGAUUGAAUAAAAGGGUUGACAUGGUGAUAAGCCGGCCCGAUAUCACUUGUUUGGCGCCCGCCACUCGAUGAUGACGGCAAUGAGCCGCCUCGAAAGAGAGAGAGAGAGCUCAUGAUGUCGAGAUGAGGAUGAUAAACAGCCGCCGACGCGGCUAAUCCGGCGCCGUCGAGCGGAAAAACUUGAAGUUUGGAAAGGCUGAAAAUGUUUGACGGCGAAAAACAAAGUUCAGAAAUUCGAAAAUCAACAUACUAGAUUCUAACGACACCAAAACCUUGAUUUUUUCCAGAAGUUUCUUGAGUAAUAAACGUAGCUAGUAAUCUACAUGGAAAACGCGCAAAAGUUUACAAAUAGAUAGUGCUGUGAGCUACACUAACCCUCUACUUUCGGUUUCAGCCGUGCUCCGCGAUCACCGAACUGCGAUGCGGUCCGAUCGACAUUCGCAACUCGCCGAACGGUUUCCGCACGCCUUUCUCGUCCACUGGCGAUCCGAACACCAUCCGCGACUACGAUCAACAGUAAGAUUACGGUAGUCACACUACCGUAUCCCUCUCUUUUUCAGCAAAGACCUACAAAUCAACUGCACCGUCAUCGAAGGAUCGCUCGCCAUCGCGUUCGUUUUGGAGGACAACAAGUACAAGAGUACGGACUAUCCGCGCUUUCCGUACCUGCGAGAAGUCACCGGAUCGGUGCUGUUGUUCGAAACGAGGUAGAGAUAGCAAGAAGAGCAUGACCCUAAACUUUUGACUUUGACUCAUUGAGGAUCCUAACUUUGCAAGAUGAUCAGUUUUGGCUCCUAGUGUCUACCUUGAAAAUUUCAGAUCCAUUGGAACAGCCUAUCUGGAGAUGUAUAGAUUUUAGGGGGGGUCAAAAAAGCUGCCCGAUGUUUCCUUUUUACGUCACAAAAGUUGUAUUUCAGCGGACUGUCCACCCUGCGCCACAUGCUGCCGAACCUUCGUGUGAUUGGCGGAGCGAGACUCAUCCAGCACUAUGCGCUCAUCAUCUUUCGCAAUCGUGACUUGAUGGAGGUGAGUGCGGGAAAAGUUACACAUGAAUCCCUACUUUUUUGAAAAAAUUAACAAAAACACCAUUUGCAGUUGGGUCUGACGAGCCUUCGCGUGAUCCGCAACGGCGGCGUCCGAAUCGCCGAGAACAAAAAGCUGUGCCACGCGAAAUCGAUCGAUUGGAAGCGAGUGACGCGCUCGUCGAUCAACGACGUCUACAUUGACGACGCGGUCGACGACGCGGUGGCCGACACUGGUCGGAUCUGUCUGCGAGGCGCGUGCCACGACGAUCCGGACAUGAACGAGUGCAUGUACGCGCACACGGAGAAGGAGGGACUCGUGCAAUCGUGCUGGAACGACACGACGUGCAUGAAGAGGUGCGACUACGAUCGGCUGGGCGACGACGGCGAACUUCAGGGACCGGGCUGCGAUCCGCUUGGCGCCAGGUGCCACGACGAGUGCAUCGGCGGAUGCGAUCGGCCGAACGACGCGACCGCGUGCAGCGCGUGCAAAAACUUUCAUUAUAAGGGAAAGUGUAUUGCGGAAUGUCCGCGCCACUUGUUUCGUUUUCUCGACCGCCGCUGCCUCACGGAACAGACGUGUCUGUCGCUGAACCCGAGAAUCAAUAUGGUCGAUAAGAAGAUCAAGGCGAUCGACGGACUCUGCUCGGACCGAUGCCCCGACGGAUGGGAACAGCAUCCGACGAACAGCACGCAGUGUCAAAAGUGCGUCGGAAAGUGCGAAGUCGUGUGCCCCGGCGAUUUCAACGUUGACAGUUUUCCGAAAGCGCAGGCGAUCCGAAAGUGUACCGUCAUAGGAGGAAGUCUGAAGAUCGAGCUGAAGGGCGGCCUCGACUCGGGAAUGGCCAAAGAGGUUCAGCAGAUUUUUGCGAACAUUCAUACGAUUGGCGGAUAUCUCCAAAUCUCGAGAUCGCCGCUUUUCCUCACACUUCACAUGUUCAAGAAUCUUCGAUUGAUUGAAGGCCGCGACCUGUAUCGCGGCGAGUACAUUGUGUCGAUCACUGAAAAUGCGAACCUCCGAAAGCUGUUCCCCCACUACAAUUUCACGAUCAGUCUGAGCAAUAAUCAGAAUCGAACUGCGUCGCAACUCGUCCAAAUCCACAACAAUCGUCUGCUGUGCUACAAAGAAGUGCGGACGAUGAUGAAGGCGGUGUCUGGCAGGCCGCCCGACGAGGACCAUCAGAGUCAGAGCAGCAACGGCGACAAGGCAGUCUGUCAGGACGACGAGAUUCUGAUCAACGUGACGGCGGUCACUCACGACUCGUUCACGCUCACCUGGAACGCCUUCAACACGACCGACAUUGAUCAUCGCAAAUUCCUCGGCUACGAGAUCUACUGGAAAGAGGUGCCUUUCGCGGAUCCGAAAAUGACGAUCGACGACGAUCGGAGCGCGUGCGUCGACUCGUGGAGUCAGGCGUUCAAGCCGCACGUCGAGCCCGACGUGCCCAAGGACAAUCUCACCGUCUCGUACAUGUUGUACACCGAGCAGGCCAUCAAACCCCAUACGACGUACGCGUUCUACGUGCAGACGCAGAUGGUGCAUCACCCCGGCGCCCGCUUCGGAGUCACCAAGAUUGGUUUCGUGACCACCAAGUUCUACACGCCCGAUCCGCCCGUCAUUGAGAUUAAGGACAUUGGUCAUAGCAGCAUGAGGUGAGCGGAAUUGACAACUUUUUUGUACAACAACUUUUAAGAAUCUCUAAUUUCCACAAUCUAUCUUCUUGAGAGUGUCUGUACAAAAAGUGCUACGUGCAUCGGUGAAAUAUUUCAGUGUGCAAUGGGAGCCGCCGCACCAGCCGAACGGAGUGAUCACUCACUACGUGGUCUCGUGGCGCGAACUCCCAAUCAAUACGGUCGCGUUCGCGGAGCAGUACUGCGUGAUGAACAGUCCGAACGCGCCGUCGAUCGACACGACGAGCGACGAGCACAUCGACGUGCUUAUCCAGGAAUCGACGACGACCGCCGCGCCGUCGCUCUUCGCCACCUACGCGCCGAACAUGCGCAAAGAACAGUGCUCGAAGCACGACUGCUGCGAGUGUGUCGCGCCGCCGCCGAAACCGACGAAAUCGCCGACGGCAGUGAUCGAGGAGACGGACGAGACGGCCAAGUUUGAGAAUGAACUGCUCAACGACAUUAUCACGCGGAAGUGGGUAGACGGAUGGGUGUUGUUGUUGGGGGCCAGAUUGAGUUUAGACGGAUGCGGCAUCGCUUCAUAUGUUUUUGAGUGGAAAAUUGAUAAUUUUGGGCUAGGACUUUUCUAUCUUCCGAUUAGAUUCUUCUGUUGCGCAAUUAUUAGUAUUGGCAUUGGGUUUGAUCGGAAAAAAACCAAAAUUUGUUUUUGAAAUCGUACAAAUUCUAUGUGAAGCGAUGCUCGUGGGCCUAUUCACUCGGGGCAAAAAAGAAGUCGUCUUCCUGUUUUGAAUUGUGCGUUUUGCCGACUGAAUAGGCCCAUCAAACACUAGCGAGUUUUGCAUUGAGUGCAGUGUGUUCACCCCCUUCUCCGCCCACGCUUUCCUCAGUUCAAUACCGCCCGUAAUAAAAGCCCCCCUCGCCCUCCGAUUAGCAGUAGAAAGAGUUGCCCCGAUUAGCGCUAGUGUGUGUGUGCAGAUGUGACGCGGCAAAGGAUCCGAUGAAGUGUGUGCUUCUUCGCUCGCGGCCGCCCGAACUCGAAGAGCUGGAAGAGGACGAGGAGGAGGAGCAGGAGCCGACGGCUUUGCGGAUCCGCAAAGCUUCGGAAGCAGUCGACCGUCUUCGCCGCCGUCUUUAUCGCCAAGUUCACGCGAUCCGUCGAUCGCCCGGCGACGUGCAAUACGAACAGAUUUCCGAUAUGAUUGUGUAUGACUCGGUCCCUUUUUCGGUUCGAUGCUCGCUUCUUCUUCUUCUUCUUCUUCUUCUUCUUCAACACGUCUGUCUGCAUGCCAUUAAAUUGCUUGGCUAUACCUUUUUUUGCUUGAAAACUUUACAUGGGCUCAAAUUGCUGGACUUUAAUCGAAAUUCCCAACUCUUUUCCCUUCUUUUUGAGCAAAACAAAAGUCAACAAUCUUGCGAUAAGAAAUUUCCGUCCAAAUUGAAUAAUUUUGGAGUUUUCCGAGAAAGCAUGUAUUUUUAUCUGCACCCUCAUCAAAACUAUAUCCUAACCCGUCGUUUGCCCACUAAAAAAACUCCUUCCGUGAUGAUGAUGAUGUCGUUGGGUGUGGUCCUUUCCUAUCAAUCUGAAACUUCUUCUUAUACCUAUCUCAAUCUUUUUUUAGCAUCAUCGCCAACUUUUCUAGAGACGCAAUCCGUAGCCGACGUGCCAUUCAAACCGCCGGCCAAAUCAGUGAAAUGGUGGAGAAAGCGGAGAGGAAGCCCGACGCGACAACGUCCGUUUCCGUCGUCAGCCCGGCGCCCGGCAGACCUUCGAUGAGCGUGGGCCGCGUCGGAAAUAAGCCGAACAUGGUCGGACUGCAGACAGAACUCGUCUCGAAGCACGUCGAGACGGCGAACGUGACGGCGAAAAUGUUUGGCAACAAGUUCACCAUCACCAAUUUGAAACACUAUACUGCCUAUGCGGUGAGUACACGACGAGGCAGACUUGCGCGCAAUAGGCUGGGGCAACCAUUUCUCACUUGCAGAUCUCUGUGAUGGCGUGCCAGAAUACGAGCGUCGAGCAGCACUACUGCUCGGACGGCGGAAAGGCGUCGAAGAAGCGGUUCACGCGCGCGCUGACCGAAAUCGAUCAGGCGCACGUGGACUACGUGGACGGCGAGUCGAUUCGCGUCGAGUUUCUGAACGACACGGCCGACGUGCACGUGACGUGGAAGGCGCCGAACGAGAAUCUGACGAACGGCGGCAUAGUCGGCUACAUGGUCUACGUGGUCGAUUUGACGGGCCACCAGCACACGCAGACGUGCGUGCAAGCGACCGCCAACUGGACCGCCCACAAGCACGGCGCCAUCAUCAAAAAGCCAUCCGACGGACUUUACAAGUGAGUUUUUGAGCCGGGGAAUUUUGCGAUUUCUUAGAAAACCGCCUUUCUAGACCACACCCGAAAUUUUUGCAGAAUUCGUCUGCGCGCCCAAUCGCUGUACGCCCAAGGUCCCGCGUCGGUGACGAAGGAGCCGUUCACGGUCUACACACCGGGCUUCUGGACGCUCGAGCGCAUCAUCGUCGCGCUGACCAUCUUCUUCAUCGUCGUCGCCGUCGUCGUGAUCGUGACGUACUACAACGUGCAGGAGCACUACGGCAAAAAAGUGAAGCAGAUGGCCGAUUUCAUGUCGUCGAAUCCGGAGUACUGUCAGGACGAGGCGUACAAACAGGACGAGUGGGAGCUGUCGCAGGCGGACGUGGCGGUCGGCGAGCAGAUGGGCGAAGGCGCGUUCGGAAAAGUGUUCCUCGGCCACGGCGCCGACGUUAUGUCGAGAAUCGGAUUCCGUUUCGGACCAUGCGCCAUCAAGAUCAACUCGGCGGAACUGGUGACUGGCGAGAGCAUGAACUACCUGAUGGAGGCGAACAUUAUGAAGAACUUCAACACGAACUUCAUCGUCAAACUCUACGGUGUCGUGUCGACGAUCACGCCGGCGCUGGUCGUGAUGGAAAUGAUGGAGCUCGGAAAUUUGCGCGAUUUUCUGCGAUCGAAACGCGACGACGAGGUGUUCAACGAGAUGGACUGCGAGUAUUACGACGUGAUUCCGAUGGAGAAGUUCCAGGAGUGGGCGGCGCAGAUCGCCGACGGAAUGGCCUACCUCGAGUCGCUCAAAUUUUGUCAUCGAGAUUUGGCCGCGCGUAAUUGUAUGAUCAAUAAGGACGAGACGGUGAAGAUUGGCGAUUUCGGAAUGGCGCGAGACCUCUUCUAUCACGAUUAUUAUAAGCCGAGCGGAAAACGAAUGAUGCCUGUCCGCUGGAUGUCGCCCGAAUCCCUCAAAGACGGAAAAUUCGACUCGAAAUCCGACGUCUGGAGUUUCGGAGUCGUUCUUUACGAAAUGAUGACUCUGGGAGCACAACCGUACAUCGGACUGAGCAACGACGAGGUGCUCAACUACAUUGGAAUGGCCCGGAAAGUGAUAAAGAAGCCCGAGUGCUGCACGGAUUACUGGUACAAGGUGAUGUCGAUGUGCUGGCGGUACAUGCCGCGCGAUCGCCCGAGUUUCAUGCAACUCGUCCGUUUGCUUGCCAUCAAUGCCUCGCCCCGAUUCCGAGAGCUGUCGUUUGUGCUCAAUAACCGGCAAGAGUCGGACGACGAGGAGGUGCUCGAUAUGGACGCGAUGGAGAUUAUCGAAAUAAUUCCGCCCGAAGAGGAGGAGGCUCAAGGAGCGGAAGCCCGUGAGGAAGAGCCCGCCGACGAGCGCCGCAACACGGACUCGAUUCCGAUGCGCGAAUUCAAGCCCUCGCUGAACGGACUCAACAGCCGCAGCACUCUCUCGGUCGCAACGGACAACGAGGACUCGACGGCGUUGUUGCCGAAGCAGCAGCAGCACAGACGGCAGCGGAGUCUCGACGACGAGUACGCGUUGAUGAACCAUAGCAGGGGACCGAGUGAUCCGGAAGUCGUGCACUACGCGUCCGCGGGCGAUGGAGACUAUGUCGAGAGGGAUGUGUCGAACGAUGUGCCCACGGUAUGCGUUUCCUGGGCCAAAAUUGUCAUUUCUAGUUGAAACUUUUCAUUUCUUUGCAGAGACGUAACACUGGCGCGAGCAGCUCGAGCUACGGGACCGGAUCGCAAGCGUACUGCCUCUCGAACCGCGGCGGAUCGAACGAGCGUGCCGGAUUCGCCGAAUCGCUGCGACUCACCGAUCAUCUCGGAUCGGGACACCUCGACGACGGGGACUACGUCGAGAAGGAUCUCUCGAUGGAUACGGUACGCUUUUGUGCGAUUGUCGAUGGGUUUUUUGCUUAAAAUUUUUCAUUUUCCCACCAAACCAACUGUCAGCCUAAUCUCGAUAUCUCUUCAAUUUCAGCGCCGCAGCACGGGAGCGAGCACGUCGUCGUACGGAAUGCCGCCGACGACCAACUGGACGUCGAACCGUGGCGCCGCCUACUACGCGGAGCGGCCACGCAACGGCGGCGGACGCGGGGACCGUCUCACCCAUCUGCCAGGCACUCAACACCUCCAUAAUAGCAGCGGCGGAGGAGACUAUGUGGAGAGCGAGCCGAAGCACAGCUCCCCAUCGGUACGCUUUUUUCGUUGUAUUUUGGCAUCGUUCAGCAGGAGAAAAUCGAGAUUUUUUGUAAAAAUGAGCUCAUUGCACUGUCCGUCCGAAUCAGAAACAGUUACUAUUUUGCAGCGCAACGGAAACGGCCCGUACUGCGGCUCGAAUAAUCGCGGCGGCAGCUUCAACGGACGCAACGGAUUCGGCGAGCUGACCGAGGACAACGAGCCGCAUCCGCUCGCCUAA